AUGGCAGGAUCAACUCUACCUGAAAAAGUAGCGCAAAUAUAUUAUACUUACGGUCUGUUUUGCUCAUCUUAUCCAGUUACUGCGAUAACCAUCGCCCUGUCUGUUGUAUUAUUGUGUUGCUAUCCCUUAUUGAAUGUACCUCUGCCGGGUAACAUCCCAACUGUAGUAAAUUUGCCUUUACAUCAUAAUGGACAUAAUCCAACUGGCUGUAGUCAUAAAAAUUGCCUAAACACGGAACUUCAAAUGGAAAUAAUACAUAAUGAAACACAAAAACUUCCCUAUAUUUGGGCAAAAGAUAAGCCACUAUUCUAUGUGCACCAGGUUAUUAUGAAAAUAGGUGUUUCGCCAUGGAAUACUAAUUUGAGAAUGUGGGAUGCAUUCAGAGGACCUCUACAAGAAGUUUUUCGGUUAUUAGAAACAAUUCGUAACCAUGAGGACUUAGAAUCAAAGGAUACACUGUUACAUCAUUGCUAUCAGAUAGAAGGUAUUAAACGACAUGAGAGCAAAUCAAGCAUGGAGCAAGUGCUUCCAGAAUACAGCUGUUUAAUGCUGUCUCCUGCUAAUUUGUGGCAGCAAAACUUACAAUCCUUCUCCUUGGAUGCUAAUAUAGUGAAUACCAUCUAUAAUUACCAGAGCCUUCAGAAGGGGAAAGCUUCAAUUGCUGAGAUGGCUUUUGGGAUGCAUCUUCGUGAUACCGGGAUAAAACGGUAUCCGCUUAGAGCGCGCCCGCGAGUCUUGCAGUAUGCGGUUACAAUUUUUUAUCAAGAAGCCAACGAGCGAUUAAUUAACACUCUUACAAGUAAACUAAGAGAAAUGUAUCCACUAUAUCAAGAUUCUCCGCAAGUUCGCGCCGAUGAAGUGACUCUUAUUUAUUACCCCGGGCAGUUUAACUAUCAUGAGCUUGUGCCCUUACUGAUAACUUUUUUUGGAUUAUUUCUUUAUGUAUAUUUCUCUGUCAGAAAGAUAGAAUUUAUUAGAUCAAAGUUUGGACUCGCUGCAUGUGCUGUAGUUACUAUAGCAGGUAGUUUAUCCAUGUCGAUGGGCAUUUGUUUUUACUUUGGAUUCUCUCUAAGUUUACAAGGAAAAGAAAUCUUCCCAUAUUUAGUGAUAAUAGUGGGCCUUGAAAAUAUUCUCGUGCUAACUAAGAGUGUGACUUCCACUGACUCCAGGCUCGACGUCAAAAUUCGGCUAGCGCAAGGACUUAGCAAAGAAGGCUGGUCUAUUACAAAAAAUUUACUAACUGAAAUCACUAUUUUAACUGUCAGCUUUUUCACCUUUGUUCCAUUCAUACAAGAGUUCUCAAUAUUCAUGAUCGUGAGUCUAAUUUCGGAUUACUUCAUUCAGAUGGUAUUUUUUGCUACAAUACUUGGCAUCGACGUCCAACGCAUGGAAUAUUUCCCAGAAAGUAACAGCAGGUUACAUCUAAAAGAAUAUUUUAGUGCUAACAACGCAUUGAACUGGCGUUUCAACAAGGGUUACAUAGAAGAAAACAACAUUUCACCGCAAAGAAUAACAAAGUCGAAAUCUCAUCCGAGGUUGAACGGGCUUGCCCAGAACAAUCCAACCGAUAUUGUGGCUAAAAGAAACGCCAGCCCUGGUAAUAUGGACAAUAGAGUCCCAAAAAGGAUACGUCUCGUAAAUAUGUGGGCACGGACACGUUUCUUCCAAAGGGCGUUUAUGGUUUGGAUGCUUGUUUGGAUAUCGAUGAUUGUUUAUAACUCCGGAAUCGUGGACUAUUUUAUCACGGCUGUUGAAAAGGACAAUAAUGAUAGCGCGAAAUAUGACUACGAAAAAAAUAAGGCUAAGCAAGCUGCAUACAUGACGUAUAACAACAUCGACCAGCAGGCUAUGGUAUAUUCAACUCUGAUAAACAUGGACGAGAUCGGCAAAACUGUCGAUACAAAUGACACUAUCUUCUUGAAGCACUCGCCUCAUACACGUCCAUGGUCUAGACUGUCUCCAUCUCACUGGGCGUCGAUACUAUCUCAGUAUAAUGAAUCUGUGGCGGGAAAGUACGCGAUAAUACUGCCACCUACACUGUUAAGCCAUCGUGUAAGUCCCGAGCUAGCUGCAGGGCUCCGUCAUCCCGACGAGAAAGAAUCUCCGCCUCUUCGUUGGCAAGCUUUGGCGGCCGCAUUGGAUCCUAUAGACAUAUUACCGGAUUUCGAAUUGAUUGAAAGUAAAAGACAGUCGCAUCAAUGGGGAAAAGCUGCUGAUCUACCUAUCUACCCUACGACACCCAUGGAGAUAUUAUUGCUGGCAAUUCUAUGUACAAUAAGUGUCGCCGUGAUUGCUUACAUGAUGGUGGUUUUGUACAGAUGUGUAUGCUCGCGACACUAUGCCGAAUGGCGAGCUUCUUGGAAUGAAGACGAAGAAUAUAGGAAGAUUAUUGCGAAACAACCCGCAGUGCAGUUGGUGAUGGAAGCCGUCCCGAUGGUGGUAGCCGGUCACAGUCAGGAGGUGGAGUGCCUAGUGACAGAUGGCGACACCGUGGUCAGCUCAUGCCUGCAAGGCAAUAUCAAAGUGUGGGACUCGCAUAAUGGCGACCUCCUAACAAACAUUGAUCGUAACGCAUUUUUCAAACUACAAAAAGAACUAUGUGAGAAAAUAAACUCGAACAAAACGCUGGUGGACGAUAAUCCUUGCAAUAUUGUGAAAGUUUCCCCGCCUGCUGAGAAUAUGUCAACUAAUGCAAAUGAGAACGUGCACCGUCUUCGGAAAGGAUUGAGCAGCCACCUAAGCGGCCUACGUUUUCGCGCUAACGGUCAAGAUUUUUCAUCCCCCGUAUCAGCUGCGGAAGCUACUAAAUAUAACUUCGCUAAAUGCUACAGAGAUCUUUAUUACGCCGAUCAAGAGGACUGCGAUACUAAAGAAACUUUUGACUCUAGUAACUAUAGUUUAAAUAAGAAUGAUUUAAGUGUUAAGGAGGGUGAUGUGUGCGACGAAAGUAUAUUUUUAUUUAAUUCAAGUGCAGAAAGUUCUUGUGUAUUACGCAAUAGGCAUGAUAACAAAGUGAACAAAACGACUAAUAGUGAUGUGGACACAAUUGACAAUGAGAAUUAUAAACGGGGAGCAGUCAGUGAAUCUCCUGUAUGGUGCAUGGACUUUUGUAAUGAACUUAUCAUCGUAGGUUGUGCCGAUGGAAGACUUGAGUUCUGGGAGGCCAGUUCUGGAAAAUUAAUGUGCAUGUGGUGGAGCUCAGAAAGCAGGCCGAGCGGGUGUGGUGGCAUCACUCAUGUUCGUGCGCUUUCUGGUGGGAGACGAGUUUGCGCCGCGUCGUUAAGCGGGCAUCUGACGUUACUACGUCUAGACGCGUACAACGCGACUUCCGGCGCACAUAUCGACUGGCGGUUCAGCACUGCGCAUCGAAGAACACACAAACGUACCGGUUCCGCUGACUCCAUGCGUAGUGCCGGCGGUUUAGUAAAUGAUACGACACGUGCUCGUAUGAGUUUCCCCUACGAAGCGGAUCACAGCGACGGUGAAGAAGUGGUAUGCGUCCGAAUCGCGCAUUGCAGACCACACCAGCAACCCAUCACGGAGAUGCACUCGGAAGGUGGUCGCAUACUUACUGGCGGACAAGACCACGUCGUUAAGGUGUUCUCAAGUUCCGAGUUAACCGCGCUGUUCACACUUCAUGGACAUUGCGGGCCCGUCACAAGCUGCUUCAUAGACCACGCUACGCCUACGAUAGCUGGGAGCGGGUCACAAGACGGCCUCCUCUGUGUAUGGGACCUACAUACUGGUGCAUGCUUGUACAGUAUGCAAGCGCACGACGGUGCGGUGACGUCACUCACGUAUACGGCUUCGUACGUUGUGUCCGCGGGAGCGGACGAGCGACUUUGCAUUUGGGACCGCUUUCAGGGACACAUGCUCAACUCCAUUCACAUUGGUCUAAAUUAUAUGAGUCGCAUGCUGCCUCUGACGCAUACGCUGCUAGUGAUGGGUGACCGGAGUGGACUCAUCGCCUACGACCUCAGCAGUGGAGACGUUAUACGACGGGUGUUACUGGGCCAAAGCGAUGGUUGCAUAUUUGUGCGUCAAAUACUACCGCUAAAAGAUGCGAUAGUGUGCGACUACGCGAAUCAGCUCCGCAUUGUUCGAUUCCCGCUCGUGUCGAAGCUGUCGGACAUGAAGAACGAAUAA